AUGGAGUCGCAGGGCAAGAAGCUGGGUGAGGGAGAUGGAGGCCGGGUCACAGCCCGGCUGCUUAAGGCACACACCGGAGAGUUUGCCCUGGACUCCAUCCUGCUGCUCAAGCUGCGAGGCCUGGGGCUGGUGGACCUGGGCUGCCUGGGAGAAUGCCUGAGCCUGGAGUGGCUGGACUUGUCAGGUAAUGCACUCACCCACCUGGGCCCCCUGGCUGCCUUACACCAGCUGACUGUGCUUAAUGUCUCCCACAACCGGCUGACGGGGCUGGAACCUCUGGCUGCCUGUGAGAGCCUGCAGAGCCUCAAUGCUGCUGGCAACCUGCUGGCCGGUCCAGGGCAGCUGCAGUGCCUGGUGGGGCUUCGGAGUCUGGAGAACCUGAGGCUCCAAGAUCCCCUGGCGCGGCUCAGCAACCCCUUAUGUGCUAGCCCCUCCUACCGUGCAGUGGUCCUUGAGCUGCUACCUGGCCUGAAGAUCAUCGAUGGAGAGCGUGUGACAGGCUGUGGCAGUGAGCUCUACCAGCUGUGCAGAGACCUGGACAAUUCCUUGCAGCCGAGCCCUUGCCCGAGCUCCCGGGCCACUGAGGCCCAGCCAUGGGUAGAGCCUGGCUACUGGGAGUCCUGGCCUGCGAGGAGCAGCUCCAUCCUGGAGGAGGCUUGUCGGCAGUUCCAGGCCACACUGCAGGAAUGCUGGGACCUGGACCACCAGGCUGAUGAGAGCCUGGCCCAGGCUGAGCAGGCACUAAGCCCGGCGAGAGCCCCUUCCUCCUUUGUGUUCUGA